GGAAUAACCAUCGUCGUAGUCGUCGUCGUGUUCGGAGGGUAUACGAUAUCGGUGGUGGUGGUGGCGCGAAUGUAGGUAAAAGUACGGUACGAGAGAGAGUAUAUACGUACAACACGAGCACGAGUUUCGUGGCUGUUUUUCAGCGAGUGUUUCAGUCAGUAUCAGUACACGUUCGAAGCUGAAGUUGGCCAGUCGGAUGUGGCAAACAUGUGCAACGGCGGCGUCCGAUUUUUGGCGCGAUUUUUCGUAAUUUUCAUUUCGGCCGCCAACUUGUGGUUGUUGAUCGGAUACCCUGUGAGUGUAGUAUCCGGUGUUGGUGAAAGUUUCGAUAACGAAGCUGCAUCGGCGGCGGCCGGAGGCAGGUACAGUUCGUGUUUCGCGACAGUUAAACCCUCAUCAGUAGCCAAUGAUACUAAUUCGACUUUGGGGGCGGCCAGCGAGGCCAAAAAGGAUCCCCUGUUUCCCGAUGAUAUCUUCACAAUGGAUGAACGUAGACGAGGCCUCGUCCUGAUCCACGUGCUCGGCGUGCUUUACACGUUUUUCGCUCUAGCCAUCGUAUGCGACGAGUUCUUCGUACCUGCUCUGGAGGUGAUCAUAGAGAAAUUAAAUAUACUGCCGGAUGUGGCCGGAGCAACGUUCAUGGCUGCUGGAGGAUCGGCCCCUGAAUUGUUUACCAGUAUUAUGGGAGUUUUCGUGUCAUUCGACGAUGUAGGUAUCGGCACCAUUGUCGGAUCGGCCGUUUUUAAUAUCUUAUUCGUGAUCGGAGCCUGUGCCAUAUUCUCCGGAUCGGUGUUGGCUCUGACGUGGUGGCCGCUGUUUCGCGAUUGCACGUUUUACUCGAUUGGACUGCUGACGCUGAUUGUUUUCUUUCGAGAUAACCUCAUCGAGUGGUACGAAGCGAUGAUACUGUUUAUGCUGUACAUAGCCUACGUGACGUUUAUGCGAUGGAAUCACCAGGUCGAGAUGUUCGUCAAGAGGACGAUUCUCAGAGAGAAGGUGACCAGGGUUAGCAGCUCGGAUAUGCUCAUGCCGACGCAUCAAAACGCAGCCCAAACAUUGCAUGGUACUGCUACGCUUAACGACGAAAUACCAGCGAGUCCGGCAUUGCGAACGGAUCGACGAGAAUCCAAUACCAGCACGAAGUUUAAGCACGGGUUGUUGCAGCUGAUGAUCCAUACGAUCGAUCCGAUGCACGAUGGUCAAGUUGACGAGAAAGCUACUCAAUUACAUGCGAUCGCUUCGUUGAGAGCUUUGUUGGAUGCGACGAACCCGAAUCAAGGCGCUGCUUCGGUUUCGGCUGCCAGGAGGGUGACAGGGGCCGGUCCGUCGUCUUCCACUGCCAUGGAUAUCGAAAUGAACGGUAUACCUAUGAGUUCCACCUCGAAAGGCGAGAAUGUGGUUACCAAAGAUGGAGAAGAAGAAGAAAGUAGCGACGAACCGCUUGAUAUCAGUUGGCCAGGGUCGACGAAGAGACGAAUAUUGUACGUGUUCACGUUCCCGAUUAUAUUUCCAUUAUGGCUGACGUUACCAGAUCCGAGGAGUAAGAGAGGAAGGAAAUAUUUCGUGUUUACGUUUAUCGGAAGCAUCGGAUGGAUAGCUGCGUUCUCGUAUUUAAUGGUUUGGUGGGCUAAUAUCGUGGGACUUACGUUGUACGUGCCUCCUGAAGUUAUGGGAUUGACAUUUUUAGCUGCAGGAACAUCAGUGCCGGAUUUGAUCACUAGCGUUAUUGUGGCGAAAAAAGGAUGCGGUGAUAUGGCUGUUUCGUCGUCCGUCGGUAGCAAUAUUUUCGAUAUCACAGUUGGAUUACCUUUUCCUUGGAUGUUGUACAACGCCGUAUACAGAUGUCCGGUGAAGGUGAACAGCGUCGGUAUGGUAUGCUCGAUCGCUACCCUAUUCCUGAUGCUGUUAUUCGUCGUCGUCUCCAUAGCUUGUUUCCAAUGGCGAAUGAAUCACGGUCUCGGAUACACCAUGUUCGCUCUGUACGUGGUGUUUUUGCUGGUUUCGUUGCUUUUCGAGUACCAUGUGGUCCAUUGUCCGGUUUAGAAGGUGCUGCGAAGACUAAGAAGAGACGCAGGAAAUCGUAUCUCCUCCUUGGGAAAUCUUGGUCAUCUUGUUACUUAUCUUAAUUGUUGUUGCGUCAUUAUUACGUUAUUUUAUUUCUCCCUUCGCUAUUCCCUGUCCCUUUUUUCCGUUAAUUCCACUUUAUUGUUUUUAUUUUUUUUUUCGUAUGUGUUGGUUGGGUGAGGAGGGAGAUUGUGCUGAAUUCGAAUGAGGUUAUUUCUUAAUUUUAUUCAAUUUCUGAGAUGCCUUUUCACCUUCGUGAGUUAUUUAUUUGAUUCUCAUCAUAAUAAUUGAAGAUUGUGAGAUAACAGAAAUUCUCUGAAGAAUCGCUCUUCCUCUUGCUUUUCCUCCCUCUCUCACUCUUUUUUUUUGGCUACCUAUUGCAUUUUAUGUUGAGAAAAUUUAGUUUGCUUCUGCGCAGAUCGUUUUUUUUUCUGUACCUAAUUUUUGAGGAUGUUCAAAGUGAUUCCAUUGACCAUUGUGAUUUUCAUGACACAGUUUCACUUCGAGAUCUAUUUAACGAGUGCUUAGUGCACUUAUUAUGUAAUGUUUUCACCCUUCCUUCCCUCCCUCCCUCCCUCCCUCCCUCCCAUUCUCUCCCUAUCACUCUUCGCUUCACUUCCCCUUGAUCUGGUCUUAGUACGAGUAUAAUAAUUAUAUUAUGUAUGUUUUGUAAGAUCAGAUUUUUUGUUUUCGCUCUAGUUAUGGCAGAAUCUUGAUGAUGAAGGUUUUUUUGAUUAUUGUUCUAUGUAGGUAGUUAUGGAAUUUGAACGUAUUUCUUUUCUUGUGUAAUUUUGUUUUGUUUUUUUUUUUUUCAAUUUCUUGGAUUGAAGCAUAUCUUUUUGGUUGGGAAUCCCUUCCUUUAUGUAAUAAAUUUUCAUGUCUUUACUGCCAGUGUUGUAAAAAAAAAAGGUGUUUUAAAAUUUUACUUUUCCCUUUUUCAAGCGAGAAGUACUAGGUGCUACUGGUCCAGUUUUGUAGAUAGGGAAGGGCGAGGGAAAGCUGGUUAGUACGAAAAUUUUCCCAAAAUUGCCAAAAAUGUUUUGUAAUAUCAGCUUGAGACGAAGUAGAACACAAAUUGUAAUUUUUUUUCAACAAUUUUGGGCCCAACUUCUUCCAGAGGGUUUAGUUAAGCCUGGGUUUUUCGCAUACUUGGUUUAUUUUUCAAAAUUCGGAAUUCCUAUCCCCUCUCUUUGACCUCCAACGUCGCGUCUCUCUCUUGUAGAAGACUGGUUCCAGAUUUUAGGUUUGAAUAGAUUUCAUGAUCAGAAUCAGCGCCUUCAAAAACGUUUAAUUAUUAUAUUGGGGUAUGUAGGUAUCAUUUUUUCCACAAUUCUUAUUUUUCUACCCCUCCCUCUGUUGCUUAGGGGACCAAAAAAAAAAAUAGCCCGAAGGAAUUUCAAAACAUGAUGGACAUUUGUCAAAAUAAGAAUUGGUGCUUUUAAAAACUAUAGAUUUUUGGAUAUCCAUGUUGUAUUUUUCAAAAAUGUUGGCACACCCUUUUUCUUUUGAGAAAUGCAUUUUGGAUUUCGAGGUGAGAAGGUUUUCGGAAUAAAAAUCCACUCAUUCGAUACUCGUAUCAUUUUUUUUUAUUAUUGAUUUUCAUUCUCCUCACCCCCCCUCCCCUGUUCUUUACAACUCAUUUGAAGUUGAAUCUGGAAAAUUUCGAGGUUGAAUGGUUUUCAGGAAGGAUCUGAAUCAACGACUUUGAAAACUUAUCAGACGACACCAUGAUCAGUUUUUUCAAUGGUUCCGAUUUUUCAGCUCUCCUAAGAGCUAGGAUUUUCAAAUCAAAUCAAAUAAUUUAUUAUUGUAAGGAAGCGCAAAAUUCCGGACUCGAACCCCUCCUCCUAUCUCCAUUUCCUUCUGUCUGUGAAGGAACAAGUUUUGAUUUCUUGAGGUGGACUGUUUCAAAGAUCAGAAUCACUGAAUUAGUUUCUUCGAAAACCCUUCUACAAUAUGUAGGUAUCAUGUUUUUUUCGAUGAUUUGAAUACCCUCCCCCCUCCUCCCUCCUCCUUCCAUUAUUUGAAAACUCUGUAAGGGAAAAACGUGCAGGUAAUCAGGCAUUCGAAUGAGGGACAGGGAUUCUGGGAACCUAAAUUUUUGGUACCCAUUUUGCAUCAAAAUUUUGGGCUCCAGUUUCCUCUCUUUCCCUUCUUCUCACCCUUACCUUUUCUCUUGUUUUGAAGGAACCGGUUUUUAUAUCGAGGUGUGAUGACACAAUUCACGAUAGGUACCUUCGAAUCCUCACACGAUUUGAUAUCCAUAGGUAGGUAUUUUUUUCGAUGAGGGGAAACGUUGAAUUUUCAUUGCCCCCCCCCCCUUUCCCUUCAUAAUUCAUAAAGGGUCGAUUUUUUUGAAAAUAUGCAGAAUGUGGUAAACAGUAGGUAGUCGUUAAAAUGAGAAUCAGAAAUUCCGAGAACCUAGAUUUUUGGCAUCGACUUGGCAUUUUUGUUCUGCUCUUAAACCCCUGCCCCCUGCCCCCUCCCAUCGAGCAAAUUGGGGUGGGGGGGGGUUGAAAAUCGUAUGACAUAUUGCUUGUUAUGUUUUCGAUAGUGUCGAUUUCGAUUUUCGACUUGGUUUUUUGAUACGAGCUUCCUUGACUUGGGUAAUGAGCUCCAAAACUCUCAUAAAAGUUUGCAUAACUUAUAGUCCGGCAUAUGACAAUAGGAGUAAUUGCACCCCCCCCCCACCCUCCGCCGAUCCUCCUGGACAACUUUUUUCUUAAAGGGGACAUCCUAAGUAACAUUUUAAAGCAAACUUGCCAAAAAUAAAGUUGGCCUUAUUUACAAAAUGGCGGCCAUUUUGAUUGACAGGUCAGCCGAAAUCGCAGAUUUUGCGUUUUGACAUAGAACUUGCACGAACUUUUUCAAAAUUCACAAAGAUAGAUCGAAAGAUCAUGCAAAAAUUCAUCACCUGUCAGAAUUUCAAGUGCUAAAGUGGGUUUUUCGAUUUUUGGUGAAUUUUUGAAAAUUGAAUUUAGGCCAAAAAUGAGGGAAAAAAUCAAAAUUUUACCAAAUUGACCAAGAAAGCUGAAAUUUGGGAUAUAUCCUAUUUUCGACAUGCCAAAUCAAUUGGAAAUGGUUUCAACACGUUUUGAGCAGUUCUGGGAGCCUCCAGCAGAUUUUUGAAACUUUGAAUUUUCACAAAAUUUCAUCAAAUGGAGAUGGAAAGCUGAAAUUUACUCUACACUCCAAUUUUAACACCCUCUGAAAACGACUUCAGGUGGAUUUCAAGUCAUUUUAGAGCCUCCAGUAGAUUUUUGAAACUCGAAAUUCACAGAAAAUAAUUCCAUCAAAUUGGAGUUGUAAAGCUAAAAUUCAUUCUAAAAACUAAUUUAAAUACGCUACGAAGUACUGCAGGUGAAUUUCAAGUCGUUUUGAAGCCUCCAGCAACUUUUUGAAAGGUUGUAUGACGUUUUUUUGGAAAAUUGAAAUUUCCUAAAAGUAGCUGGAAGCUUCAAAACCAUUUGAAACCACCAUGUAGUCUGCGAAGUAAAUUUCAGCUCGCCAACUCCAUUUGAUAAAUUAAUGUUGGGGAAAUUUCAAGUUUCAAAAAUCUUCUGGAGGCUCCAGUACCUUUCAAAAAAGUCGCUGGAGGCCCUAAAAUGACUUGAACCCACCUGAAGUCGUCUUCAGAGGGUGUUAAAAUUGGAGUGUAGAGUAAAUUUCAGCUUUCCAUUUCCAUUUGAUGAAAUUUUGUGAAAAUUUAAAUUUUCAAAAAUCUGCUGGAAGCUUCAGGAAUUUUCAAAAAGUUGCUGGAGGAUCCAAAACGACUUGAAAUUCACCUACAGUACUUCGUAGUGUAUUGAAGUUAGUUUUUAGAAUACAUUUUAGCUUUACAACUCCAAUUUGAUGGAAUUUUGUGGGAAUUUCGAGUUUCAAAAAUCUGCUGGAGGCUCCAGAACUGCUCAAAACGAGUUGAAACCAUUUCCACUUGAUUUGGCAUGUCGAAAAUAGGGUAUAUCCCAAAUUUCAGCUUUCUUGGUCAAUUUGGUAAAAUUUUGAUUUUUUCCCUCAUUUUUGGCCUAAAUUCGAUUUUCAAAAAUUCACCAAAAAUCGAAAAACCCACUUGAAAUUCUGACAGGUGAUGAGUUUUUGCAUGAUUUUUCGAUCUAUCUUUGUAAAGUUUGAAAAAGUUCGUGCAAGUCCUAUGUUAAAACGCAAAAUCUGCGAUUUCGGCUGACCUGUCGAUCAAAAUGGCCACCAUUUUGUAAGUAAGGCCAACUUUUUUUUUGACAAGUUUGCUUUAAAAUGUUCCUUAGGAUGUCCCCUUCAAGAAAAAAGUUGUCCCGUAGGAUCGGCGGGGGGGUGCAAUUACUCCUAUUGUCAUAUGCCGGACUAUUAAGUAUAUUAUUUUGUUGGGGCGUUGAUUGGAAAUUUCAAUUUAUUUUUUUUUGGAUGUGAUCGUAUUUCGAUAUUUCUCAAGCAUCGUGGCACCCCCUUGGAGGGAUGAAAUUUGAAAAUGUGCGCAGAGGAGUGAUUAUUGUUGGGUUUUUGGAGUGAAUGAACUCCAGAAAAGAACUCGGAUAAGCGCUGAAUUUUGUUAAAACAUUUUGAUCCUCUCUUCCUCUUCCUUCUCGCCUCUACAACGAGCUAAAGAUUUUUGAAAUUGGGCCCAAAUGCUUUGAUUUUGUAUAUUAUUAAGUAUGUUUCAUGUGUACUUAUGUUCAUUGUUCACGACAAUACAAUAUUCGAUAGGAUGAUUUGUGUCGCUCUGAGUGCAGGCGUUUCUAUAUUCUGUGGUGAUCAUUUUAUCAACUUACGCAUAAUAUUACGUGGGUAUGUGUAUUUUAUUAUAAGUACAUAAUUAAAUACGUAUGGUACUCGCGUAUGUUCUCGUGUAUGUUCUCGUGCACUCUCCCCUCAGCCCCCAAAUCAUAGGCACAUGUUUUGUCUUGAAUUAUGGUAAGCUGUUUUACAAUAUUUAUGGCUGUCGAAUGCGUCGUAGUUUACAAAUUUACCUUAUGAUAGAAAAUGAGAGCAUAUUGUUUAAUAUAAGGGGAAAAUUGAUGGAAAAAAGUACAUGGUAUUCGAAGUAUAGCCUAUUCGGUAUACAUCAUAAUUGUAUAUUUAUGUUAAGUAUUCGUUUCGUUGUGUUGUUGUCAUUUUUUGUUGUUGUUAUGAUUAUUAUCGUGGUUUUUUUUCGUACUUGAACUUUUUUUUUUUUAUUAUUAUUUUGUCGAUGUUUCGUAUCCUUAUAAAUGUAGUUGUAUUUACUUACCUGUAUUAUUAGUGUAGGUAUCGACUGUAUUGAGUAUGAGUACCUAUAGUUUUGAUCACUUAUAUUGGUACUGGGGGUAGUAGGCUGCGUGUGAAAUAUUUGUGGUGUUUGGUUUUGAAAGUUUCAGUUUGAUGAAUCUAUUUUUCAUGGAUUGAGUGCUUGCUUGCUUGAUUUGAUUGAUUGAUUGAUGAUUGAUUGAUCUAAUAAUAUGUGUAAUAUGUCUAUUCCUUGUUAUCAUCGGUGUUUCUCUAUUGCUCAUAAUAUUUAAAACAAUACUUUUAAUUUAUCUAAUUUCGAAUCUACGAUCGAUGCCUCUCACAUAUUGAACUUAAUUCUUAUUUAUUUAUUUUUAUUCAAUUUUUCGAAUUUGAAUUGGUACUCAAAUUAAACGUAGGAUUUUUUUUACGUUUCGUCGAUUUUAUUACCUACUUAUUUUAUUCGACCUUGAGAAAUUUAUAUUAAUAAUAAUGUUUAAUAAUUAAACACUUACAUAUACUUAUAGUUUUUCUAACGCUGCAAUAUUUCAAUUAAGUAAAUGUAUUUUUAGUGUACCUACCUACUUAUAAAAUUAUGUAAAGUAGAUUGGUAGGUACUCUGUAAUUUGUUCUUACCUACAUCUUCAUUAUCUAUUGAUUAACGAUUAUUCAUAUCUUUUUGUCGUGUUAAUACUUUACAUAUCUUUUUUCGAGAUUUUUAAUUUUAAAUUUUUUGAAAAGAAAUAUGUAGAAAAUAAGGAAAUACUCUAAAAGGUACUGUAGAAGUUACCAUUGAAUUUUACCAGUGCAAAUAAUCUAUAAGAUGUCGACCAAUUUCAUAAUUAAGAACGUGGUUUUUUUUUCUUAUAUCGAUAUUCGAUGAUAAUAAUUAGCGUUAUCUGCAUAUAAUAUUAGACACGAAAAAAUAUUAAGUCGAGUGAUUUUUUUUUUUUUUUUUUCAAAUGAAAAAUAGAAGUAGGUUAAAUUGUUUUUAUUUUCUUAAGGUACCUAUUUAAUACUCGUUAUAAGGAUGUUACGUUACGAUUUGAAUAAAAAACAGGCUGAAGGUAGUCGAUCUUUUCGGAUGAACCUUAUCAACCUAUCUCUAUCUGAAUUGAAAUAUACAAAAUACUUACAAUAAUUAUUAUGAAAUACAAAAUACAUACCAUUAUUUAGGCAUUCGUUCGAUACGAUUGGUUAAUGUUAUUAUUAUUAAGUACUUUAUCAACUUCUGUGUUGUUGUUUUUUUUCGCCUAGUGUAUUAAUAUAGUGUAUUAUACAUUUGAUAUGAAUUUUUCCAAUGUUGAUCCGUCGUCUAUUAAUGUAUUUCCACUUGAACCAUUCGUGGUUUAAUUACGAAUUAAGAUUAUAUCGUUGGUGUAUGAUUGAAAAAAUAAUAAUUGUGGUCAAUGUGUC